UAACAAAAAAAAAGGAAAAUUGAUUUUUUUUCUGUGUCAAUUUAUUUAUUUGAGGUACAAUGUGGAAAGCAGUGGUACUGGCUGUAUGUCUGCUCGCUGCUGGGGUUGGUGCUCAGCCCAUGGAGGAUCCAACAUAUGGGGUAAAGCUCUGUGGCCGAGAGUUUAUCCGAGCAGUCAUCUUCACUUGUGGAGGUUCACGCUGGAAACGGUCACUUAGAAGUCAAGAUGUUUCAGAAGACCCAUUCACCUCCCAUCAGGAUGAAUCUUCAGAAGGCUUGACCUCUGACUUUGCAAUCGAAAGCCUCCUUCAAAGAAGCAAAGACCUCAGCUUCAUGCCCAGAACCAACCCCGAUGGAGCGUUCAGCAGGACCACCCGCUCAUUUAUCACCGACGAGAUACUGGAGGCUCUUCGCAAAGCUGACCGAAAAGGCCGGGAUGUGGUGGUGGGUCUGUCCAACGCCUGCUGCAAGUGGGGCUGCAGCAAAAGUGAGAUCAGCUCUCUCUGCUGAGGGUUGGUGAAUGAAAGUGAUGGAAAAGGUUGUUUUUAUUGUCCGUCCCACAAAUAUACACACAGAAACGUGCUUUUUAUUUCACCCAGUUGUCAAAAAGUAAAUUAUUUUUGAUAUGUUUUAUGUUUUGUUAAUAAGUACAUUUGUUGAGAUAGCUUCUAUGUUUACAUAUAAUACCCAGGAACAAAUGUAUUUCCUUUCAUUCUUGGCUAAAUGAUUGUCUGCUGCAACUUUUGAGAACUCUGUGUUAUGUUUUGUUGGGCUUCAUAAACAGUCUGUCAUGUGAAAUAAGGUCUAAAUUUAUUUGUGUUACGACAUACUUCACUGAAUUUUAAUUGAACAUUAUGUGAUGUAUCAAUUUCAGAUCCUCAAUAACAAA